AUCAAAGCAAUUGACAUCUGCAUUGCAUCUGCCUAUCAACUUUUGUCGACUGUACGGCAUCCUUUUGGAACACUUUGUGAUGCAUCAUCAAUUUAUCAACUCUCUGCCUGUCUUCGCGUUGCUGAGAAUCUUUGCAUUCCCGAGAUUAUACGUGAAGCCGAUAACGGUGGCUGCCACGUUAGAGAUAUCGCAGAGCAAUCAGACAUUGACCCAUCCAAGCUUGCCCGCAUUUUGAGGGUGCUAUCAUCCCACCACAUUUUUUUGGAGGUUUCUCCGGAUACAUUUGUUAACAAUCGUGUUUCAUCAUUUUUCGAUUCUGGGAAGCAUACCCUCAUACUCAAGGAGAAUCCUGUGGAUAAAUAUAAGGACACAGUAGGCAUUUGCGGCUACAUUGGUACUUGCACAGAUGAAGUGGCUAAGGCCGCAUCAUAUCUUUUAGAA